AUGACACCAAUCUCUACCCUAAAAACAAACUCACUUGGAGGAACCGAAGCAGACCUCACCAACCUACUCAACGCCAAUAUCCAUCAUAUGGUGCUUAUCCUUACUGUACUCUCCCUUCUUCUUCUCUGGUUGUGCUCUGCAUUUUGCAAAGAAACAAACAAGGCUGCUGCUGAAAACUUGGUUAAAAUUCACUAUAACCAUCAGUUUGACUGGGUUGCUGAGAUAGGCACUGGACUUCCUUUAAGUGGAUUUUUACGCAGAAAAGAUGAAUCCGUAGUUUAUCUCAAUAACUAA